AUGUUUGAGGAAGGAGAUGCUGCCAGUCUUGAAAAGUAUUUCAAAUCACAACGAGAAUUGAAUAGCGAUUUUUAUAGUUCUAUGCAACGAGAUGAAGACGGUAUUUUAAAGAACGCAUUCUGGUCUGAUGCGCGUAGCAGAGGAACUUGCAAAUACUUCGGGGAUGUGAUUAGUUUCGACACCACCUUCUCUAGCAAUAGGUAUUGUAUGCCGUUUGCCCCUUUUGUUGGCGUCAACCACCACGGGAAAUCAAUUGUAUUCGCCGCCGCUUUAAUAUCACAUGAAGAUACUGAAACUUUUGUUUGGGUUUUUGAGGAAUGGUUGAAGUGCAUGGGAAAGCCUCCGAAGGGCAUUUUAACCGACCAAGACAAGGCAAUAGGUAAGGCAAUUAGCCUAGUUUUCCCAGGUGUUCCACACCGUCUUUGUUUGUGGCACAUGCUACAGAAUGCCUCUCGGAACCUUGGCAAACUUGCUGAAUGGAAAAGCAUUGAUACACUUAUUAGAACGGCCGUUCAUGAUAUGCUCGAUCCUGAGGAGUUUGAUGAGGCUUGGUGUCUUGUGAUGGACACAUAUAAUCAACGUAAGGGCUGGAUGCUGGAUGCUUACGAUAACCGUCAACAAUGGGCUCCAGCCUACAAUAGAGGUAGAUUUUGGGCCGGAAUGUCAUCAACACAGCGAAGUGAAGAUAAGCCUCCUCAAAUUGAUGUUGACAAGAGUGUGUUAGCUGAGUACGUUUUCCAUAAGGUUUUCACCAACGAAAUGUUUGCUGAUAUCGUGCGUGAGCGUAAAGGUUUAACCCACACAAAUGUUACCAAAAUUGAUGCAAUAGGAUCACUUAUGUUGUAUAGAGCUGAUGAGAAACUGACCUCCCCUCAUUGGAGGAAACGGUUCAAAAGCUACACCGUUAAAGUAGAUAAGGUUAUAGGAGAGGUAAGUUGUUCAUGUCAGUUGUUUGAAUUUAGAGGUAUUCUAUGUAGGCAUAUACUCAAAGCCAUGGAUGUGGAGGAUUCUCAAUUUAUACCUGAGAAAUAUAUACUAGAUAGAUGGAGGAAGCAAGUUAGGUCUUAUGAGAGCUUGAGGGUUUCAUACUAUGAUCCGGAGGAAUCAAGACGGCUAGCAAAAGCUAAAGAGCUAUCUUUAAGGCACAAUUAUUUGAAAGAAUUGGCCAUGCAUAAUGACGUUGCAUACAAGCUGUAUACGGAAGCUACUAAUAUUGUUAGGCUAAAAAUGGAGGAUGCGGUGGGGAUACGUAAAACGGGUGACCAAGGAGAUACGUCUAUUGUGUGGUGGGAUCCUGAAGCACGUAAUGUGUUUGGUCGUCGUAGGUUAAGGCCAAGAGAGUGUAAUGAGCGUGCUUUAAAAAGGACAGUUCAACCCGUUCAAGAUGAUGUGAUUAAAACCCCUGUUGAUAAGAGGCAUGUUGGUAGGGCAAAGAAAGGACCUUGUUCAAUUUACGACAAAUCUAAGAAGAAACAAGCAUGUACGCACGCCGAGAUUGCAGCCAAUGAGGAACUUAUCGGCUCCAUGUAUGGGCAUAUUCCUAGCUACCGGGCUAGGCAAGAACAUGCAAACAACGUCAACGAUGAACGCGAACAUCCUUACUACAAUGGACCUGUGUUAGACGACAUUCCCGAAAGUUCGCAAAUAAAUUUAUGUGAAGAUAUAUCUCAGACUUUCGAUUACAAUACAUAUGAAUGGCGUACACGACUCGGCGGUCGACUUACAAUGUAGUUGUUCUUAUGUUGUAUUUGCUUUAGAUUUUGUGGGAUGUGGGAAUAUAUUCAUUGAUGUUUGCUUUGCAUUAAACUCGGGCAGUCUACUUUUACAUAUUCAAGUUAAUCCAAAAUGUUGCAUGCAUGGAUGUAAUUUAAGGAAAUCAAACUUUUUGUCAUUAGCGUGUAAGACUUGUAUUAACAAAAUAUUUCCAGAAGUGGUAUAUUGUGUUGAAAAA